AUGGAAGAAAUUGCAAUCUUCCUCUGCCGCUCGACAGCUUGCUCGACAGCUUUAUCAUGUCUCGCUACAAUCUCGCCAAGACCCCACUAUUUUCAAGGGUUCCGAGAGGGUCCAUAUGCUGGAAAUCGGCUCCUGUGUCUGUCCUGGAAGCCCUCGAGAAUAGCGCUAGAUCGAACUCCCAAACCUUACGAAGCGGUAGUGGAAAAAGCGCUCGAUAUUUACCCGUGGGAUUUCCUCAGAGGAUCUUGGAAAGCAGUAGCGGAAAGGAAGCUAGAAGCUUUUCAAGUGGGUUUCAUCUGAAGUCGCUGGAAACUAUUGGUGGCAUGGGAACCAGGAUUUUCCAAAGUGGAUUUUGUGUGAAAACCCUUGAUUCCAGGAAUUUCUCGGACGGAUUUGACCUGAGAGCCCAAAGAAGAAUGCACGUGCUCGGAACUAAGGUAUUCUCCAGCGGCUCAGAGCAGAGAACUGUGGAUAAUGCGGAAAGCAAGACCCUUCCUUGGAUAGCAGCCUAUAAAGACGGAGAACGAAAGGGGGUGAAGAAAAGGCCUUCAAUAAGAAGCAAUCGCUCCUUAUGGGAACAGUCGGCGGAGAGAUAUUUUUCCAGAAGUGGUGGAAUCCUGGUGAAAGAGAACAGUGAGAGUGGAGAUAGAAAUGAAGAGAAGCUCAAAAGUACCAGAGGUUUUGCUACAGAAGAAAAUUAUCAGGAGGUCGGGGAGGAAGAUGAUGAACCUAUUGAUGAUCCAAGAUGGGAUAGGAUCCAGAAUAAGUCCAAGGGCUUUAUUGAUCAAGAGUCUCGUUUUGAGAAACCACAAGUUCAUCAGUGGAAUAAGCAAGAGAAAUGGGGAAGAAAGACAUGGAAAGAUGCCACCGAGUCAUCAGUUCCUAAAAUGGUUGGCCAAGGGGUUUAUGGGGUUGGUCCAAUUUUGGCAGCAUUGACAGCAGCAAGGAGGGAAUUUUAUGCUCUCUAUGUGCAGGAAGGGUUGGACUUGAGCAAAAACAAUAAGAAGAAGGACAAGAAAGCAGUGGAGAAGGUCUUGCAGAUAGCUGAAAAGAUAGGAUUGAAGGUUAUAGAAGCUUCUAAGCAUGAUCUGAAUAUGGCAGUCGACAACCGACCUCAUCAAGGUUUGGUGCUCGAUGCUUCUCCAUUGUAGAUGGUUAAUAUUAGGGAACUAGAGCCUGUGUCAGUGGAGGGUCAAAAAGCUCCUCUCUGGGUGGCUUUGGAUGAGGUCACAGACCCUCAGAAUUUAGGAGCCAUUAUAA